AGAACGUCCGAAUCAAUCGAUUAGAAUUUGUUCUGAUUUAAAACCAAGUCAAGUGCAGCCGCAAUGGGAGUCGAAAUUUCGUUGGAUCCACCAGUGUGCCCAAUCCAGGCCAAUGGAGGAGUUUCGAAGCACAAGAUGAUCAAUCAUACCGAUCGCCAUAUGGCUUAUAAGGUAAAAUCCUCAAACAACUCAAACUACAGCGUCAACUUAAUCUAUGGAAUCUUGAAAGUUUGCGAUGUCAAGGAAUUGGUCAUCACCAGAAAGCCUGGAAAGCCACAAGCCGACAAGUUGAUCAUCCAGUACUGUAUGGUAGUUGAUGAGAACACGGAUCCAAAACCAUUGUUCGCAAAUGGAGUGCCACCAGGAGAGCUUUCUGGAGAGACAGUCAUCAAGUUGUCUGCUGCCGAAUGAAUAAUACACCAAAGAAAAACAAGAUAUUUUUAAACUGAGCAUUGUAUGUAAAAAUGAAGAUUGGAAUUUUUG